UAAUGAUAACUUUAUAAAGCGAGAUUCCAUCAAGAGCUAUACACUAAUGUUUUUGCCACGAUUAGAAAUGAAGGAAAUUAUUUUAAUCUUCAUCACAUUUUCCUUAGUGACGGCUCAUGUAACCAGAAAAUGGCCUAAAACUAUACCUGUUGCAUCCUCUGAUGAUACCACAAGGAUCGUGGGAGGGAAUGAAGCUGUACCAAACUCUAUACCAUACCAAGCCGCUAUGCUCCUUUAUUACGAGGAUGAAGCCGAUACAAGUUUCUGUGGAGGAUCUAUAAUCAGCACAAGAUACGUAUUAACAGCUGCACAUUGUUUAGUGGAUGGUCUUAUAUCGGCGGAAGUAAUUCUGGGGGCGCAUAACUAUCGUGAAACUGAACCUACCCAGCAACGCAUUACAAGUACAACGUUCACAGUACAUGAAGAGUAUGACGGAGAAAUACUAGAGAAUGAUUUAGGCCUCGUCUAUCUUCCAACACCAGCUAAUCUCAAUGAGUACGUUCAAAUAAUUGCCCUUCCCAGUAGAGCUAGCGUUUCGGAAACUUUCGUGGGAUCUGAGGCAGUAGCAAGUGGUUGGGGAUACUAUUCUGAUUCCACCGAUACUAUCAGCAAUGUUUUGCGAUAUGUCAGUCUCCCCAUUAUACCAGCCAACGUCUGUGGUCAAAUAUUUUGGGACAUUACAGAAAAAAUAAUUUGUUCUGGAGGAGCGAACAAAAAAGGGGUUUGCACUGGAGAUUCAGGCGGACCACUUGUUAUCAAUGGAAGAUUGGUGGGUGUAACAUCAUAUACGAGCUCUAAUGGUUGUGAAGUUGGGGAGCCAUCUGCCUAUUCGAGGGUAACAUCAUUUUUAGAUUGGAUUGAAGCCAACAGUGAUAAGUACUUUAAAGAUAGCUUUAUAAGACGAGUUUCUAUGAAAAUUCAUACAGUACCUCUAUCACAAGCAGAAAUGAAGGAAAUUGUAUUGAUUUUUAUAACAUUCUCCUUAGUUACGGUUCACGCAACUAGGGAUUGGGCUAAGAUUUUACCUGCUGGUGAAACAACUCACAGAGAACUCGACCAGUUUGCAUCCUCUGAAGACAGGAUCGUGGGAGGAGACGUAGUUGUACCAAACUCUAUACCAUAUCAAGCAGCUUUAAUCCUUUUUUACGACGAAGAAGAUACGAAUGAUGCCGGUUUUUGUGGAGGAUCUAUUAUCACCAGAAGAUACGUGUUAACAGCUGCGCAUUGCUUAGUGGAUGGAGUUGUAUCGUUAGAAGUAAUUCUGGGAGCGCAUAACUUUCGUCAAAAUGAAUCCACCCAGCAACAUAUUCCAACUUCCACGUUCAAAGUACAUGAACAGUACAAUGCUGAAACACUGGAGAAUGAUUUAGGCAUCGUCUACCUUCCAACACCAGCCAGCCUUAAUCAAUACGUUCAACUGAUUCCACUUCCCAGUAGAGCCGACGUUUCAGAUAGUUUCGUGGGAUCCGAGGCAGUAGCAAGUGGUUGGGGAUACGAUACUGAUUCUGAAACCGCUGUCAAUGACAUACUGCGAUUUGUCAAUGUUUCCAUUAUAGCAACCGACGUGUGUAACGUAAUGUUCGUUAACAUUACAGACAAACUCAUUUGUUCUGGAGGAGCGGGCGUAAAAGGGAUUUGUCUUGGAGAUGCAGGCGGACCUCUUGUAGUCAAUGGAAAAUUGGUUGGCAUAACUUCAUCUGUAGGCUAUAACGGUUGUGAGGCUGAAGAUCCAUCCAUUUUCUCGAGGAUAACAUCAUAUUUAGAUUGGAUCUCGGCAAACAGUGAUGCUGUUGUUUCUUAAAUGUUCCUUAUACACUGAAGUUACUUUAUAAAUAGACCAUUAUUACUAU